AUGUCAAUGCAGAUUUUGGCGGUUCUUAGGUUGGUCGAGUGUGGCGUGGGCGAUUUGGGCAUCAGUUUCUUAGCCCGGCUCUUGGCGCACGCACGGCAGCCGGCGGUGAAUUUGAAGGAACUCAAUUUGAGCGCCAACAAAUUUGGUGAUCGUGGAAUGGCCGAACUGGCGGAUGCUUUGCCCAUGUUGGAUUCCCUUGAGAAGUUGCUCUUGGAGCGGAACAAGAUCGGACCCAUGGGCGCACAGGCAUUAGCCUCGCGUUUGUCGCGCAGCAACGUACGGGAGUUGGUUCUGGGAACGCAUCUGGGGGGAAAUCCCAUUGGUCCCGCGGGGGUUCAGGCCUUAGCCCGCGGCCUGAACGACGCGCUGCCGCGCGCCGCGGCGAACCGCGAGACGCGGCUGGAGGCGCUGGCGCUGGAGGACUGCCAGGUGGGCGAGGAAGGCGCCAAGGCCCUGGCGGAGCAUUUGUCGCAGAGCGCCCUGAUGGCCCUCUCCGUGGCGCGCGGCCAACUUACCGACGAGGACGCCACGGCCAUUCUGCUGGCCCUUCCAAAGUCCAUCGCUUUUCUCGACUUGUCAGGAAACCAGCUGAGCGACUUAACGGCGUCCAUUGCUGGAGAGACUCUCUACAAGCGUUCUGGGAUGUCGAUCAGCUUGGCUGCGAACUUUUUGAGUCCAACCAUCAAAAUGCUGCUGGCUGAGGAACAUGGCACGCGUUUGCGCCUUUGA